AUGGCACCACAGAUUCUUUACGACUCAGAGUCGGAUUUUUACGGUGACGAUGACAUCGUAGCCGAGCUCCAGGCUCGCGUCGACGACUUCGACGUCCACGAGUGGCAUCAGGCUCACCAGGACCGAGCCCACCUCAGCCCCAUGCCGGCCAGGAAGAAGUUGAAAACCGCAUCCAAACUGCACAAUCCCUACGCCGGCGUUCCCUACGCCUGGCAGCUGACCGAGACGAUUGACGACUUCCUCUCGCGCCUGCCCCCGGCGACAACGGAAGCCUCGGGUGAGGUGCCCUGGAUCUUUGUUUGCAAUCCUUACAUCUCUCGUAAGGCGAGGCCGGAUGCGCAGAGCCGGAACAGCAGGGGCAAUGAGGAUGAGGCGCCGGAGGAGGAGGGGACGCAGCUGGCCAGGGCUGUGGAAGGAGGCACUGAAAGGCUGCAUAUCCUCACAAGCUUUCUAGGAGGACUGGAAUUGACGGCAAAAACAAAGACAGUCAAGACGAGGGAAGCCAACAAGGAAAGGAAGGCGGCUGUGGAAGAUGUCUUGAAGCUGGCACAUGCUUGCCGUGUGCGGUCUGGCAAGUGGAUGCUCUUCUGCGAUCCAGAGGUGGUCAACGAAGUUUGGGGUCUGGUUGCUAAAGCUACUGCCAACAAUGAGCUGGGGAUCGCUGCAAAGGUCGCGCCGAGAUCCGACGAUACGGGCCGUAAAGAGCGGCUCAUCUGCGUCUACACGGCCGACUUUCGGGACAUGGCUGAUGUCACCAGGGUUCUGCGAGGGCUGCAGGACCUGGGAGUCGUCGAGACGAUGAAAAAGGCGAUAUACUACAAGCCAGAUGCUUUUACCUACAUUGGCAUUGCAGGAGGAAACAGCUGGGGUCUCAAGGCGUCAAUCUACAAUUCAAACGAGGUAACGGCGCAGAUUUGA